UGGAACUAGUAAAACUUGCUUUUUUGGAUCUGUUUAGACAAAGAUAUAGAUGUUUAAACCUAUUUAUAACCCAUUUGGGACUUUUAACAUUAUCUUAGACUUUCAGAGCCCAGAAAGCAAGACUACUGCUAGUAAUUUCAGAAUUUAUUACGCGGUGAAAGAGGCUUGACCUCGAUCAGCUCAAGACAAUAGGAAGAGGCAGUACCCUGUUUCAGCAAACUGAAGCGAUAAUGGGAAUGCCAAGGGUCUCAAAGGAGUUGUCAAUGAGUUUGCAGAGCUGUCUGAUGCUAGUCCAAAAUUAUGUUAUAAUCAAACAAUGAUGACUCCUAGUAUAACUGCAAAAUAUUCCUCAGUGAAUAAGGUGAGAUCCUCUGCUUCAAAAUCGAGGUCAGGCUCUCGAGUUUCAAGAAGCUUGAAGCAGUUCCAGAAGUUGAUCUAUGACCAUUACAAGCAAGAAAAUAUUAUCAAGAAUCAUAAAUAAAGAAUACCCAAGAUCUCCUACCUUUAAGGUGUUAUCAAAGAAUUCAUCCAGACUCAGAAAUAUGGCCAUUCUGCGCAGAUCACAUUUAACUGGACAAAAGAAGCAAAUGAGCAGAUUUACUACAAUCAUGAACAAGCAAAUGGUGACUCCUAAGAAGUAAGACUCAGGCUUUUGACUACGACCAGAGUGAGACCAGCCAGAGUUCUUCCAAGAGGCCUAGCUAUUACUACAAGAGGAUUCCUCCAAGUAGGAAGUCAUAUACAUUAGAAAAGAUCAGAAAAACAAGAAAUCAAGCCCAGACGAGGUUUAAGAAUACAUUGAAACAAAAUCACAUGAGAUCACCCCAUCUAGCUCUAUCUUUUCUUCCUAGAACUCUCAACAGGCCAGACCACCAGGAUGGCGAUAGGGAAGAUACAGUUGAGAUAGAAGAAGCUGGAGAAGAGGUUGUGGAAGGUAUCUUCACAAAUUUGAGAUCGUAUUUCAGUCCAAAUGGGAAAUUGCAGCAGAAGAUGACACAAGAGUCAAUCGAAAUCCUUCAAACAGAAGAUGACGAAGAAGCCUCAAUUGAGGCUAGCACUGGUGAAGGAGUUGUUGAUGCAGGAGUAUCUCAGCUGCCUAUUUUUACUACUAAAAAUCAAUAUAAGAACUUAAGGAUCUCAGAUGUGCAAGAUACCCCAACCAGACCUAGUAAGGUCGACACUGAAGAAGAAGAAAUUAAGGUAGAUAAUGAAAUUUGAGAACCCCCCAUCGGUCCACAAAGCUUUAAGGCCAUUAAAGUCAUCGGAAUCGGCAGUUUCGGCGAAGUCUUCUUAGUUGAAAAGGUCGAUACUGGAGAACUCUUUGCUAUGAAAGUCCUUAAGAAAGAGAAGGUCUUACGAGGGAAAAUGGCUAAAUAUGCUGUUUCUGAGAGAAAUGUUCUCUGUGUGUCCUCCCACCCGUUCAUUGUCAAGCUCCACUAUGCAUUUCAGACGCCAGAUAGACUCUUCCUGAUCCUGGAGUAUUGCCCAGGAGGUGACCUAGGAAAUUAUUUAGAAGCAGAAGACGUGUUCAAUGAGGAUAAGGCUAGAUUUUACAUCGCAGAGAUCAUCACUGCUCUUGAAGAUCUGCAUAAAAGAGGAAUUAUUUACAGAGACUUGAAGCCUGACAAUAUUGUUCUGGAUAAAGAUGGUCAUGCUAAACUGACCGAUUUCGGGCUCUCUAAAGAAGGAAUGGAGAAGGUAGACCAUACAACCAAGAGUUUUUGAGGCUCAUAUGCCUAUCUUGCACCAGAAAUGGUCAAGAAAGAAGGCCAUACAAUGUCUCUUGACUGGUAUCUUUUGGGUGUACUUCUCUUUGAAAUGUUAGAUGGGUUUCCUCCAUUUUACUCAGACGAUAAGGACGAGCUCAUGAUUAACAUCAUCACUGAAAACCUUAAACUUCCUUCACAUCUCUCCAAAAAUGUGAGAGAUUUACUAUCAAAACUACUUGAGAGAGACCCAAGAAAAAGGCUUGGGACAGUGGAAGAUGCUGAGGAGCUUAAAGCCCAUCCUUGGUUUAGCUGCAUCAACUGGGUUGAUGUCACGAACAAAAAGUUGGAACCUUAUGAGCCAUACCUUGCCAAGACCAAGGAAGAGAUCAUGCUUAACAUUGGCAGAAGAGAAAAAAUGACGAUUGAGAAGUCAAAAGAGUACCUAAAAGAAUUAGACAAGAAGACACUUAAGAAGAAUAGGUUAAACGGGUGGAGUUUCCACCAGACAGUGAUUGAAGACCAUACCGCGGCUGGGUCUCAGCCAUAAAUUUAUCCUAAUUUCAAUACCAAUGCCAA